AUGGACACAGACCUAGCUUUAGACCUACUACUGCCACCCAAAGCUGAAGCUGCCAUCACCCCACUGCCAACUCCAACACCAGAAGAUCAGCCAGAUGUAUUUGUGUACAGAAUGGAACCAACUGCGAUGAACAUUCCAGGAUAUGUGUUCUGCCUGGAUGGGUUUGUACAUCCUGGAGCUGAUAGUGCUCCAAUCAUGGGUGGAAUGGCCCAGAUGGCAACAGAAUUUGCAUAUGCAGUAUCCCACCAGAUGGACCUUUGUGAGGAAGGCAACAGGUGCCUGGGUCAGCUAGACAAUCUGGAGGAGUUCCAUAAUCCAUUUGUUAUGACAGUCACAAUCUCCAGCUUGAAACUCAUGUGGCACCUAACCCAGCUGCCAAACAUGGCUCACUGGCCCAAACACUGGUAUGAAUGUCUGUGCAUUGAUAUGGGCACCAUGGACUGCCUCAUCCCCAUAGCAGUCAUUAAGAAUUGUUGUCGACCCCCACUUCCUGCUGCAUACAUCUUACAUCAUAUGGGUGGAUGGACAGAACCAACCUUCCACGAUGCCUUGGUGAAAAUUCCCAAGCUGCAGAUAACUGAUUUCACCUGUAGCAUUAUCAAGCUGCUACCUUGGUGGUCUCUGCAUCCAGAGAGGGAUGGCAGCUUUGUGUUACCUUGGUGGUUGGACAGCAUAUCCAACUAUGCAAACAAAUCUUGGGUCUUGCAUUCUGAUGAGGUGCAAACCAUUGCCCAGAGGUACUUCAGGAACCUUUGGCCAUUGCCAAAGUCCCCCACCAAGGAUUGCCUACAUGGGGUCUUGGAAGCCUGGGUAGAGUGGUAUAAGAACAAUGCACUGAGGGUAGAGGUGCUGCUCCCAGGUCUGAUGGCCAAAGUUGAAGAAUUAUUUGAGCAGCUCACCUGCAUGGCUCAGAUGUUGGGAUGGUACCAUGAACCCAACACAUGCAUUUUAUGUGGGACCUGCCCACAGAUCUGUCACAAUAUCCAACAUAUGUAG